GCGGCGCUGGAGCCGGUGCGGUGGGUGCGGAUGCUGUGCCGGGAGCUGGGCGCGACGUUCGUGGCCGGGGUGGUGCUGGUGUACGGCCUCAACCAGGGCUUCGCCGGCUCCUUCUUCCGGGUGGCGUCCGACUACUACUGGAAGGACGUGCAGCGGGUGCAGCCGGCCACCGUGCAGUUCCUCUCCAUCUUCUUCCACGUCCCCUGGGUCCUCAAGCCCCUCUGGGGGGUCAUGACCGACGUCCUCCCCGUCCAAGGCUACCGCCGCCGCCCCUACUUCGUCUUCUCAGGAAUGCUUGGAAUGUUUUCAACUGCCAUUCUUGCCGGUGUCGGACUAUCAGUGACUUCUGCAGUAGUUUGCUUCGUGGGAAUCUCCACAGCAGUUGCCAUUGCUGAUGUUACAAUAGAUGCAUGCAUCGCAAAGAACAGUAUUGACAAGCCAGCAUUGGCCCCAGACAUGCAGAGCCUUUGUGCAUUCUCGUCGUCGCUAGGUGCACUUAUUGGGUAUGCUACAAGUGGCAUGUUUGUCCACCAUCUAGGGGCACAGGGUGCAUUAGGUGUGAUGGCUUUACCUCCUACUAUGUUGGUUUUCCUAGGAUUUUACAUAUAUGAGCUGAAAGUGUAUCAGCAUAACAUGAAAGAGAAGGUUUUGAACAAGGUUACUGUGGCAGUUAAAGGGAUGGUUCAGACAAUAAAGUAUCCAGUAGUGUGGAAACCAUCUCUUUACAUGUUCCUUUCGCUGGCCCUCAGUAUCAGCACUCAUGAGGGGCAGUUCUACUGGUACACUAACAAGGAACCGCCUAAUCCUGGAUUUUCACAGGAAUUUGUGGGGAUGGUGCACGCCGUCGGCGCGGUGGCGUCCAUGGUGGGCGUCCUGAUCUACCACAAGAACCUCAAGGACUACCCGUUCCGGAGCAUCCUCUUCUUCGCCCAGCUCCUGCACGGCGCCUCCGGCCUCCUUGACCUCACCUUCGUGCUCCGGUGGAACCUCGCGCUCGGCGUCCCGGAUGCGGCCUUCGUCACCCUGGAGGAGUGCGUCUCCCGGGUCGUCGGCCGCGUCCGGCUGAUGCCGAUGAUGGUGCUGAGCACCAAGCUCUGCCCGCCGGGCGCCGAGGGCACCUUCUUCGCGCUGCUCAUGUGCAUCGACAGCCUCGGCAUGCUGGUGGCCAAGACCGGCGGCGCCUUCGUGCUCCGGGCCCUGCACGUGACGAGGACCGAUUUCAGCAACCUCUGGCUCGCCGUCCUGCUGAGGAACCUGCUGAGGCUGUCCGCGCUGGGCGCCAUCUUCCUGGUGCCCACCGCCGACCAGACCGACGUGCUGCUCCCGCAGGACCUCCUCAGCUCCGGCUCCCCGGUGGCUGCCGCCGGCGACGAGGAGGAGAGGUUGUUGCAGCUCGGGAAGCUCACUUCUCGCACUGACGACGAUGUAUGAUCCACACAGGUACUGUGUUGCGCGACACACAUGCACAAAGAAAGAAAGAAAGAAAGAAAGGAAAGGGAGGGAAAUAGAAGUACUCUCUCCAAUUCAAAUUAAUUGACGCAGUACAAUUUUAGGAAGUACUCCCUCCGUUUCAAAAUAGAUGACCCAACUUUGUACUAAUACUUAUCCACUACAAAGAAAACAGUAGAUUGGCUUUGAUAGAUGGCGCAAUGCAGCUCCGAUACCACUGCACAAAGUAUUAUGUUUCUUCUCAACAUGGAACAUUUUUUUGUGAAAUAUCAGUGCUCCAAAAAUGCUAGUUUCAAAAA